AAGUGUCUCACAGUUUGCUAGUUCUAUCACAACAUUUGGUACUUGGGUGCCAAAAAGUUGUCCUUCCCUUUUAACAUGCAUCCCCCUCCGUUGCCAGCAACCAUCCAAUCCGUCGUCUCUUCACUACCCUUUAGAAGAGCCAUGGAUUUUUCUUCCGAUCUUGUAUCUCUCUCCGCCACAACUGCCCUCGGGCUGCUCGUACUGUAUUGUGUCUGGAGAAUCUUCCAUAGAGGCAGCAACCAUAAGAAGAGAUACCCUCCGGUCGCUGGCACCGUCUUCCAUCAGUUCCUUAACUUCCGCCGGCUCCAUGACUACCACACCGAGCUUUCUCGCAAGCACAAGACCUUCAGGCUCCUUGCCCCUUUCCGCCAGCAGAUCUACACCUCGGAUCCAACGGUCAUUGAGUACAUCCUCAAGACCAACUUCCCAAACUAUGGCAAGG